AUGGAUAAUAUCAGUUGGGAGAAUUCAAAUUACGAAAUAUUAGCGGAAAUUGGCGAGGGAGCCUACGGGAAAGUGUAUAAAGCGAGGGAGGUCGGGGAGAAACAGCGCCUCGUAGCGGUGAAGAGGCUCAACAUCAGUGGAGAUCCGGAGGCAGGCAUCCCGCAGUUCAUGAUCCGCGAGGUGGCGCUGUUGCGGAAAAUAGGUUAUUUCAACCACCCAAAUGUCGUGAAGUUGUUGGAUGUGUCGGCUGGUCUGAGGAAACCAGGUUUGGACCUGACGCUGGUGUUCGAGUACAUUGAUCAGGAUCUGUCCUCUUUUCUCAGCACGGUGCCCGAGGACGGUCUGGGGAAAGACAAAAUAAAGGACAUGAUGCGGCAGCUGCUGAAAGGCCUCGACUUCCUCCACACCAACACGGUCAUACACCGUGACCUGAAGCCCUGUAAUGUGUUGCUGAGCAGCCGUGGGGAGGUGAAGAUCGCGGACUUCGGCUUGGCCAGGAUCUACACUAACUCUAUUGCACUGACACCCUGCGUAGUGACUCUGUGGUACAGGGCUCCUGAGGUGUUGCUCCAUUCAGGUUACAUGUCCUCUGUGGAUAUCUGGAGCACUGGCUGCAUCUUUGCAGAGCUCUUCCUGCUAAAACCGUUAUUCCAGGGAUACACAGAGGUCCAGCAGCUUCAGAAGAUCUUUGAGGUGAUAGGGUUACCUGGUAAAGAGGACUGGCCUAAAGAAAGCCCUAUCCGCUAUAAUCCAGCCUGGGCUAGACGAGACGCCGCUACACAGCUGCUACCGAGCCUGACUGCAGAGGAGAACGACUUGCUCAGUCAAUGUCUGACCUUCAGUCCAGCCCAGCGCAUCUCUGCUUCUAGAGCCUUAGCUCACCCUUUCUUGGCUGGUCCUUAA